CAAACAAAAGCCACAAACAGUCUUGUCUGGCUUCUCAUCUAUGUAGAUUCUCACUAGGUGACAGAGGAGGCAAUCUAGCAACGUAUCGUGGCUUGGGGCUUGCCUAAUAUCAGGCACAUUGAUGCUGCCUCAGGGCUCUACUGCUUGGGCACAGACUCCACCCCACAGAGUCAACACCUCAGAGAGAACGUGAGAGACUCAUCAGACUCAUCAGAAACUAGACGGAGCACCUAAACGAACAGACACCCGCUCUCAAGGACAAAAACAUCAGCCAAACUGUUCCACUGUGGGACCAUCAUCUGUGGGACCACGAUUCAAGAGGUACGCUGUGGACACACAUCCAUCAACGAUACAUCCAACAUCCCAAACGCCGAGUCUAAAUACAGAAGAAGGCUGACAAACCACGCAGCAUUGGAUUUGAACAUCCAGUAUGGACACUCUCCAGGGAAGAAAACCAAAAAAACCCCAUUACAUCCCCCGCCCUCCUGGCAAACCUUUCAAAUACCAGUGCUUCCAGUGUCCAUUCACCUGCAACAUCAAGUCUCAUCUCUUCAACCACAUGAAGUAUAAUCUGUGCAAGAACUCCAUCUCUCUGGUGUCUCAGCGCAUGGAACAGACUGGGAAAACACCCAGAGCUUCCCAGCAUAAUUUCCCCUUCAACCACAAGAGUAAAGAGCCUCCCUUAGAAGAUGAAGCCAGCAAACCAAUAAAACGGAUCAAUGACAAGGUUGAACAAGAGGAUAUGGGUAAGGGAACAAGAGAAAAGCCUGAAAGUCCCAUCAAGGAGGUCACUAAAGAUGUCCCUAAGCCAAUCUGUGAGGCCAGGGACAAAAAUGAGGGCAUGGGCAUUGGACAGAACAAAAUAUCUUCAGCGUUCUCACCAGUUGCACGAACAUGUGAAAGUCAAUCUCUCUCUCGGUCUCCACACAAAGUUGAUCAAUCAUCUUCAUCUAUUCCUCAGUUUUACCACCAAAUGGCACCAUGGGUUCCACCUGCUUCUACAGCACCUCUUCUUCCUCUAAUACCGGACUAUCCUUCAUACAUGGUACCUGAGAGGCCCUUGAAUUCUCUCUACACACACUACUCACACAGCCAAGCAAACACCCCAGCCUACCAACUCACACCUCGAGAAACCCAGAGACCUCUAAUUCCAUCACCUUUGGUCCAACCUGGUACUUCCCUUCUCCAUCCUUAUCACUACAGAUACAGCCAUCCUAUUAUCCCUGGUCCACAGCUACCCUACAGCCUCUACCAACACCCUGAUUUGUCCAUGUCCUUACAGAGAACCAGGUAUCUUCCUCUGGAUGUGUAUAGCAACAGACUUUAUCCUCGAGAGUAUGGAGGGCAUCUAGUACCCCUAUCUCAUCCUGGCUCUUACGGCAGACUUCCUGAGGACAGGGCUUUCCAGGAGAACAGAACAGUAGACAAAGGUACUCGUAGGAGUCCUUCAGAAGGAUGUUCCGCCUCCGGGUCUCCAGACAGGCCAAGUACUGCAGAUGUAACCCAGCGGAUCACGGUUUCUCAUGGGGAGUCACUCCCAGUCAAUCAAUCACAGCAUGCUGAUCCAGGGGCUACUAUAGCAACUGAAAUCUUACUCAAUAAAUCAUGUGGACAAACUCUAGAGAACAUGUUUCAAAAGAAAGAAAGGAAUGAACCACAAACCACAGCUUCUGCAAGACGCAGUGAGAGUUCAUCAGAAAAGGAAGAGGAAGAAACUGAGGAGGAGCCAGGUCCUCUUAACCUUUCCAAGAAGGACCGGGCCAUAUCCAGCAACAUGACACACCACUACUCUGACCAAGAGAUCCAUUAUGAUUCAGAAAGCAGUCAGGAUGAGGCACCGCUCAACCUCUGCCUCAGGGUACAGUCCAACAACCAAGCCUUGCCCAAUACCACAAGCUCUGAAACUCCAGAAAGACAAGCCCUUAAAAAUGCCGAUGUAUGCACAAUUGUUCCAUCUAGAGAACAAGAAAUAGACCCAUGUGACCAGAGGCACACCGCCGCCUUUGCUUUGUGUCAGCUAGCUAGCUCAAAGGACAUUAUCGAUGACUCUUCUAUUGGCCAACAAGAAACAACUGAGGGCCAGAACAGUCAAAGUCUUCCUUCCCCAGACAAGAGCUCAGUCAAAGACACUCCAGACACAUCAAAACAGAGCACACGGGCACUGGGACAAAAACGGGUAAACUGUAGACCUCUGAGACACACUACCAAAAGAGCAAAGGUCAAAGAACCUGCUCGAACUCAAAGAAAGAGGUCACAAAACUGCUGAUUCAGAGAUCUCAAUGUGUGGACUGCAACUCAAAUACAAAGGAGCAAUGCUCAAGAUCAAUACUCAAGAGACUUUACAGGAAGACGGCCGACAUCUACAUUGAAGUCUUAAAUUAUUAUUCUAUUUAUGUCUGUAAAAUUGCUUGUCAUUAGAGUUCAGAGGUCAUGGGAUCAAUUCCAGGGCUAUGCAUGAAUUGACAUCUUUAAUGUAAGCUGUUUUGGACAAAAGCAUUUGACUAAUGCAUAAAUGUAAAUAUAAAUAUUUCCAAAAUAUUCUUAGUGUACAACAUUAAGCACUGAUUGUAAGAAAAAGGCAGCCAACAUUGUACACUGAGAAUUGUGUGCGCUUUGACAAAACAUGUAAUAGAUCAUUAAAGGAAGCUGGGUGGUGGCAUUUUUUUUUUUUUUUUUAAU